CCUCGGCGUCCGGCGGUUGGGGCGUUCUCCGUGCGUGAGCCGGCAGUGCGCCUGCGCAGGCCGCGGGACGCCAACCGAUCCCCGCAGAGCUGAGGACCCGGGUGGCGAGCGGACCUCGGCGGGGCCGGUAGUACAGUAGAAGCUAGCCUGAUUGAAGAAAUUUGUCAAUGAUUGUACUUUAUAUUGGAAGCAGAACCUGGAGUCAAGAUUUUAUCACUUUAAACAAUUUUGAUGGCAGAAAGAAGAAGACCCUUCAAUGUGAGGGAAGCAAUGGAGGAACUCAUGGGACCUAGUGGACGAAAUUGGGCCAGUAUGGAUCCAGAAGAACAAAUGUUAGCGGCUGCUACAGCUUUCACCCAGAUCUGUGCAGGGCAGGGUGAGGGAGAUGUGAGGAGAGAAGCCUGGCCUACCCAGUACGAUCCCUACAGCAAAGCUUUCCUAACCCAAUAUGAUCCUUACAGCAAAGCUUCAGUAACCCCAGGAAAGCGACCUGCUCUUCCUGAGCAACUGCAGUACCCACAUGCAAAAAGUGACGUCACCUCAGAAACAGCCUCGGAGGCCUCCCAAAGACCCCGAAGGCCAGUGAUGAAGAGAAAGGUGCUGCGUAGGAAGCCCGACGGGGAAGUAUUAGUGACAGAUGAGUCCAUUAUCAGUGAGUCAGAGUCUGGUACAGAAAUUGAUAUGGAUCUCUGGGAUUUAAGACAAAGGCUGAUUAACCUUCAGUUCCCAAAAGGCGGGGAGUCCCCUGUUGAUAUUUCAGAAAAACUUCAUCUCCCACAUGAAUACCAAGAUCAGCUCAAUAGCUAUCUACAAAGAGAAGGAAUGGGCCCCCCAGCUUAUGAACAAGACCUGAUUGUUGCCAGCCGACCAAAGUCCUUCAUUCUACCAAGGCUGGACCAGUUAAGCCGAAACCGGGGCAAGAUAGACCGGGUGGCCCGCUAUUUUGAGUACAAACGAGACUGGGACUCCAUGCGAUUACCUGGCGAAGAUCACAGGAAGGAGUUACGCUGGGGUGUCCGAGAGCAGAUGCUUUGUCGAGCAGAACCGCAGUCCAAGCCUCAGCACAUCUAUGUUCCAAACAAUUACCUGGUGCCAACUGAGAAGAAAAGAUCUGCUCUUUGUUGGGGUAUUCGCUGUGACCUUGCAAAUGGUGUCAUGCCCAGGAAGCUUCCCUUCCCUCUUUCCCCUACUUAAGUAUUUUGUUAUUUUUUUAACCUGUCCCACAGGGUUGUUUGGGAUAACAUGGCAUUUUAUAUCUUUUAUUUAAAUAGAAACAACUAACUUGAAAGACCAUGGUAGAUUAUAGAGUAAGGACUUCACCCAUCAUUGGUUUUUCCUAGGUAUAUAUCACACUGGUAUCAGAUGCCCCUUAAUUGCCAAAUCACCACUCUCAAAUCCAGCAAUGCAAAAGAAAUCACACCAGACGAAGAACACAGACCUGUUCUCUCUACUGUCAGAUUAGUCAGCAAAGUCGGCUAACACUGUUUUUGCUCUAUACUGUUUUUUUUACCUUUGAUCAGCGUGAGUUGCUUUUUUUAAUAGUUGCUGGGCGUUAAGCUUAUCCAUUAAAGAAUUUUGGAAAUCUG